AUGGUGCUUCAACGUAUGAGGGCAACAUCCUACCUUCGGCGUACAGUAUCAGAUCCUUUCUCACGCCGUCGUACAACUAUGCCAUAUACACUAGGUUUAAGCAGUCAACCUAAAGACUUAUAUAAGAAGUUAAUAAUGACAGGAAAUUCUCUGAGUAUUAUUGAGGAUGAACCUAUUCCAGUUUUUACUUUCCAAUCUGAUAUAUUUGCAAUAUUUGAAAUAUUAACAUCCCAAUUUAAUAUAUUACUUAUAUUUGCACCUUUUGGUAUGUUAAGUUAUUAUUUAAAUUGGGGUCCUUUGGCAACUUUUUGGCUAAAUUUUAUUGCUUUAAUACCUUUAGCUAAUCUAUUAGGUAUUCUUACCGAGGAACUAGCUCUACAUACAGGUGAAGUUAUAGGAGGUCUUUUAAAUGCUACUUUUGGUAAUGCUGUUGAAAUGAUUUUAACAGUUCAGGGUAUUCGAGCAGGACUGUUUACUGUUGUGCAAGGUACUCUAUUAGGUUCUAUAUUAUCCAAUCUCCUCCUUAUACUUGGAAUGGCUUUUUUUGCAGGAGGUCUAUUCCAUCAUGUGCAAAAAUUCAAUGAAAAGGGAGCAUCAUUUUCUACAUCGCUACUUAUGCUCUCUUGUAUGGCAAUAACAAUUCCAACUAUUGUAGCUCAAGUUCAUCAGUCACAAUAUAGUACUUUGAUGAUAUCUAGACUUACAGCUCUUUUACUAUCAUUUACAUAUGUUUUGUUUUUGUUUUUUCAACUCUAUACUCAUAUAAACUUAUUUCGAGAAGAAGACUUGUCAGUUCUUGAUGGGAAUAACUUUUAUGGAAGACGUAUAGAAUGCCCAUCUAUAUCAUGGCAAAUUGGAGUUAUAUUGAUUUUAAUAUCUACUACCUUAAUUUCUCUAUUAAGUGAAUAUUUAGUAGAAUCUAUAAGUGGAUUUGUCUGUGAAUGGGGAUUUUCCGAAAAUUUUAUUGGUGUUAUUCUAUUACCUUUGGUCGGAAAUGCUGCUGAACAUAUGACUGCAGUUUCUGUUGCAAUAAAAAAUAAAGUAGAUCUCACAAUGGGAGUUGCAGUAGGAAGCUCUACUCAGAUUGCCCUAUUUGUUGUCCCUUUUAGUGUGCUGGCUGGGUGGGUUUUAGGACAACCAAUGACAUUGUCAUUUACACCUGUUUCAGCUAUGAUCCUCAUGUUAGCAAAUCUAAUCGUUAUUGGAAUAGUUCAAGAUGGUGAAUCUAAUUGGUUUGAAGGUAGCCUUCUUAUUAUAAGUUAUUGUAUAGUUGCUGUUGUAUAUUGGUAUGUUUGA